GCAUCGGCGGGGCGGGGGGCGAGCUGGCCCACCAAUACGCGGCGGCGGGGCCAGAGGCAGGGCCGCUGCUCGCUCGUGUGCUCACUCGCACGGAGGCGGGGCCACUGCUCACUCGCGUCCUCACCCGCACGCCAGAAGCCGGAGAUCCCCAGCGCGCUCGCCGGUCGAAGCUCCCCCACGCGGUGGCAGUCCGGUUUUCCUGCGGAAAGCCCCCGGCGCGGAAGCUAACGCCCGGGUUCCGGCUGCCCUUUCUCGGAGGAGCCCCGCCAGCCUGGGAAACUCUUCGUCCUCUACUCCUCUUGCCUUGUCGCCUUUCCCAAAACCCUAAACCACACACGCCCCCCCAACUCCGGCCCCUUCCACCUCCCUCGAAGCAGCGAAGGCGGUGGUGGCAGUGCCGGCAUGGGCGCUCUGUCGGCUUCGACUUCGUCGGUGAACUGGCUAGUCGAGGACGACAUCCUCCUCAAGAACGCAGUCGAGGCUGGUGCCUCAUUGGAGUCCUUAGCCAAAGGAGCUGUAUGUUUUUCCCGUAAAUUCACUCUUCAAGAAAUACAGGACCGCUGGAAUUCAUUGCUUUAUGACCCAGAAAUCUCAACACAAGCAGCUUCUCGGAUGGCUGAGUAUGAGAAUGAACUUUCCACUUCCGAUCCAGCCAAGGCACAUAAACUUUUCAACUCAAAAGCAAAGGAUUUUUCAUUUCAGAAACGGAAAAUAGACAGUGUAAAGAAUCUAUAUUAUGCGAUGAGAAAGAGAGUACGCAAUGAUCCAUGUAACAGUGGUGACCUUGGAUUUCUUGUUGCCCCCUGUUCAUGUAUGGCAACUGGCAGUGAGUGUGUCUGUGGAGGCCUACCUAACAAUAUUGAACCAGAGCUGAAUUCAGUGAGCCGCUAUGGGCAAGUGGGUUCAAGCUACAAUGGUGGACAUGCAUAUUCUGAAAUGAAUGGACAAUCUUUUCAUACGAAGCAUACUGAGAGCAUGGCAAGAGAUGGGGAUGGUACCAAUAACGUCGUGUAUGGCUACUCAGAUGUAGGCCAACUAUAUGAACAUCAUGCCUAUGCAGCGAAUAAUCAUGGGAAUAGUGAAGGGAACAAUGUUUCUCUAAAGAGUAUCACAGAUUUUCAGGAUUCUAUGCAGUUUCAGCACUUGGACAACAAUCAAUGUGGUAAUGGAGUGGUAGACUCAAAGGCUUUGGUGAUCCCUAACCAUUUCAGUGGAAGUGUGCAGGAACCUACGCCUCUCCAAGUGAUUGGUCAACCUGAGGGUUCUGAAGCACCAGAUGGUGCAAUCUGGAGUGGGGUUCAGCAAAGAGACAGGCUCACUCUUGCUGAUGAUAAGAAUGUAAAGUCAGAAAACAGGGACCCUCUCACAUUCGAAGCAAAUUUAGAUGGUGGGAUGUCUGGUUUAGAUCACGCUGCAGAUUUUAUGGACUUCCCAUUUUUCAGUAAUAGUGAAGACUUUGAUAUCCUGAAUAGUGAAAAUUUUUUGAAUUCUCCAAGUGAGGGAAACCAGGAGGAUUUAGAUGACCCUGCCUUCAAAGUUGUUCAUGGGGUUAGAUCAAGCAUGCAAAAUCUGGUGCAUCCCGAUGAUGCCAAUAUCUCCUGUGAUCAAAUAGAUCUUGGCGAUGUAAAAAAUAAUGCAGAUGCUUCUGGUAUAAUCUUAGUUCCUACUCCCUUACUAGUGCCCUGUCCUGGCCUGUAUGUGGAGUGCAAAUUGAACACAGAAGAUCCUGAAAUUCCUUGCAAUGAUGAUGUUUCUACACCAACAGAGUAUCCUCUUGAAUGCUGUACUUCUACCUUUGGGCAGAAAUCUGAGAAUACUAUCUAUUCAGCCUCCCCUGCAACCAGCCCUCCAUCAAAUGCUGAACAGCCCAAAACAAAGGACUUGGCUAUAAUAAUAAAGAGUGAAGAUAUGGCAAAUGUCCAACCUUCGUUACAAACAAUUAAGAUGAACCCAUCCACUUCAGAACAAAAAGAAGACUCAGUGGCUCAUGACGAAGGUGGUGUCCUAGGAGCUAAACCGUCAGAAGGUGCUUCAACAACUGGAGCCCUUUUGACUGGUAACAUUGACACAAAUGAUGCAAAUACAUGCAUGCUAGCUUUGCCCUCUUUCAGUGCUGCUGGAUUUGGUGAAGGAUCGCCUUGUAGUUUAGGACCACAUGAGAGCUUUGAUAACUCUCAUGGUUUGACUUUGCAAAAUUCAGUUCAAGCUCCUGAUCAGAUGCAACACAACUCACUUAAUGGUCAACCAGAAUUAGGUGACAAGGCUGCACUACAGAACUGUACGCCAUCGAAUGCGCUGCCAGAUUUGGGUAUUCAGAACACUAUUGCAAAUGCGGCAACACCAGCUCAAGCAGAAGAAUGCCUUGACCAUGAAAAAGAUGUUCCAAACUACUAUGAUCUAGAAGCUUUGAUUCUUGACCAGGAUCUCAUCCCGUGGGAUCAAGACUCUGAUUUGAUGCAUCCUGAAGUUACCAGAUUUCAUCAUCCGGAAAGCAGGAAGGCAUUGAUUAGAUUGGAGCAAGGUGCUCGGUCUUAUAUGAACAGAGCUAUCAUGUCGCAUGGUGCUUUUGCAGUUAUUUAUGGAUUGCACUUGAAAUGCUACAUAAAGGAUCCUGAGGUUACUCUUGGAAGAGAGACAGAAGAUGUCAAAGUUGACAUUGAUUUGGGAAAAGAAGGGAGGGCAAAUAAGAUAUCUCGCCGACAGGCGGUUAUCAAGAUGGAUGAAUCUGGGUCUUUUCAUAUUAAGAACAUAGGAAAAUGUCCAAUCUUUGUUAAUAGCAAGGAAAUACCAAGCUGCAAACGCAUCAACUUAAACUCUGAUUCAUUAAUCGAGAUUAAGGACAUGAGGUUUAUUUUUCAUGUAAACCAAGACGCUGUGAGGCAGUACAUUGAUCGUAACCUGAAGCCAGAACGCUAGUUUCCUCUGGUUUCCAGUCAGCACUUUGUGAGUGGCUCCUCAUUAACAACAAUAGUAGUAGCAGUAAAAUUGAGUAAGAACUACUCAUUUAGGAUGUAAAUGGUUGUAGUCUGUUCUCUGUUGUGUUUUCUGUCUGUUUGGCGAGCAUAAAUCAUGCAUAUCCUGCACAUUUGCUUCCAGUUUGUACCGACACCCAGGAAUAAUUUCAUUUGUAUACUGUGGCACCCUGGUUUGUGGUGACUGCCAAGAGGCAACUAAAAUGCAAGAAAGUGCCGAAAAGAAUCAAAA